GCCAAGACUACAGCCAUAAGUCAUGCUUAUGUGAUGCUGAGGCAAAAACUGUCAUAAAACCCGGAGACACGUUUUUUACAGAGAUCACACAAGUCUGACAGAAGGAAGACUUAAAAGUCCACCGUCAAACAUCAGUCGAGCGUCCGGACAUGAGCAUGGCGUCCUGGCUACUGGUCCUCGCUGUCCUCGCCGUGGGUGCACGUGCAGCUGUACCAGAGGACGAGAUCACAGAGUUGCCCGGAUUGAGUCAACCUCCCAGCUGGAAGCAAUACUCUGGAUAUCUGAAGGCCUCGGGAACCAGGAAGGUGCAUUACUGGUUUGUUGAGUCUCAGAGUUCCACACCGAAGACGGACCCCGUGGUUCUGUGGCUGAAUGGAGGCCCCGGAUGUAGUUCCCUGCUAGGGCUCCUCACAGAGAACGGGCCGUUCAGGAUUGCUACUGACGGGGAGACGGUGGAGUACAAUCCACACAGCUGGAACGCGAUCGCCAACAUGCUGUUUCUCGAGGCCCCAGCCGGUGUUGGGUUCUCCUUCAGUGACGACAGAAACUACAUCACAGAUGACGAUGAGGUAGCUCACAACAACUACCUCGCGUUGAAAGAUUUCUUCUUGAAGUACCCUGAGUACAAGACCAACGACUUCUACAUCACUGGGGAGAGCUACGGAGGCAUCUACGUGCCGACACUCAGCGCAAUCGUCGUCGACGACCAAGACAUCAAUUUUAAGGGGUUUGCAGUUGGCAAUGGAGUUACUGACGCCGCCAUGAGCGACAGCUCUCUCAUCUACUUCGCCUACUACCACGGCCUCAUCGGGGACAUCAACUGGGACAUCCUGAUGACCCACUGCUGUAAGGGCCAGGAGGGCCGGUGCAACUUCUACGACAAAAUCUCCAAUGACACCAACUGCAAGAGAGCUUUGUUCGAGACGUAUCAAGCAGUUCUCGGCAGUGGCCUCAACGUCUACAACCUGUACGGAGAGUGCGUGAACACGGCGACCGGACUGACGUACGACGUCAACACAGGCACCUACAUCUCCUCCAACUUUGGAUGGUUCCUGCCACACUCACCACAAGUGCAGGAAGAAAUCAGAAUGAUGAAGAGUCUCCCAUCCGGGAUGCUCCGGAUGACACCACCCUGUCUUAAUGACACAAACGUCCUUGUAUACCUGAAUCAGCCGGAAGUGCGCCGAGCUCUCCAUAUACCGGACUCUGUCCAACGCUGGGACUCUUGCAGCGGACCGGUGUCUCAGGGCUACACAACCAUCUACAGGACAGUGAGGGCACAGUACCUAAAGGUCCUCAGCGCAAAGAGGCGGGUGUUGGUGUACAGCGGUGAUGUGGACAUGGCCUGUAACUUCCUCGGAGACCAAUGGUUUGUCGACUCCCUCAAACAGAUGACCGUUCAGCCCCGAAAGCCUUGGUACUACAUUGCUGCGGACAAGACAAAACAGGUGGCUGGGUUCGCUAAAGGGUUCGAGAAUCUUGUGUAUGUCACCGUCAGGGGAGCCGGCCACACUGUUCCGUCAGAUAAGCCUCGACCAGCACUUGUCAUGUUUACAAACUUCAUCAAAAACAUUCCUUAUUAGACCAAUAAACCUGAAGCAUUGCGUGUGUAUUUAGAAACUUAUAAGCUAUUUCAGAUGUCUGGUAAUUGAUUUGAGAUAUUUCUUAAAUUCAUCACUGUGACGUCAUGUGGAGCCACUGUUCCUAGAGGCAGUGACACAGUACUGUGAUGUCACAUGAAGCCACUGUUCCUAGAGGCAGGGACACAGUACUGUGAUGUCACAUGAAGCCACUGUUCCAA